AUUGUGAAAACUAAAAAUAAUGAGAUGUCGUUUCAGACGAAACAUCGAUUUCUUUGAUUUUGCGAUUUUAUUUAUUUUUAUUACGUACGUCUGCACAUAAUAUUGUAUUUGCAAAACGGUCAGUGUUCAUUUUUAGUGAUUAUACUCUAAAUUCGUUGUGUUUGUGUAAAAUCUUAAUUGGACGGACAUUAAAUUGGUUAAUGUUAUCUGUUACAAUUUUUGUUUUCCAAACAAGAAUUGAUAGAGCAUCGAGGCUGUGAAUAGAUAGUUAAUUUUGCCAUUACAAUUUAUCACGACGGGAAUACGUUUUGUUUCGGUUUUUACUCGUCGCCAUAUUGUCAAUGUUGUUAUUUACUCUUUGAAUCGAAAUAUUAUUGAUAUGGUUAUAUUGUGUUGUGCUGCGACCGCGUCUAUGUGAGCAUGUUGGAGGAUGUUCCCGUCCACGGAAGCCGAAGCGAAGUUAGGGGUGCAAAAGUUCCCACACAUCAGAGGAAUCUCAGUUUGGAUUUUAGACAUGUGACGGGCGCGAGCGCGCCGCCAGCGGGAUGCGGCCAUCAAAGGAACAGGUCCUUGGACUCUGUUCUGCAAAGGAUACCGGAGGACAUGACACCGACGUCGCCGGAAGGCGCACCGCUUCGAAUUCCAAUCGAAGCUCCUGCACCCAGGUUGGCUUUACCACCUGAAGUUCCAGCUGGUUCAGAUGAUUCAGGAAUUCACACCCCACCUGAUGGUACUGAUGAGGAGCGACCACAACCACCGGCCGCCGCACGAUCCAGGGAGAGUCUUGAUUCAGGGAAUCCAGAAGACACAGAGAAACCGCCAGAUCCACCUGAUACAAUUGUCGAUCCUCCUGCCAAAUCGGAAGUUUCUGCCGCGGACACGUCGAAAAACAAAGACUUUCUAUUAAGACUAUUCGAAAGUAAACUCUUCGACAUGAGUAUGGCCAUCUCAUAUCUGUUUAACUCAAAAGAGCCCGGCGUCCAAACAUAUUUGGCUAACAAAUUAUUUUCAUUCCCUCACGAAGACGUCGACUUCUAUCUGCCCCAAUUGGCGACGAUGUACAUAGAAAUGGGCGAUGUAGCGGACGUGCUUCGACCUUAUUUGGUGUACAGGUGUAAACAAAGUGCUGAGUUUUCGCUACGACUAGCGUGGUUACUGACUGCGUUCGGUGGUGAUGCUAAACGGUCCAAAGCUACGAAAUUGAGAGACUCCAUAUUGGCUGAGGAGAUUAGGCCUGCGGCAAGGAGAGGGCAUCACAGAUCACAGUCUGACGCAUCCGCGUUGAGGCUAGCAACGCCUACAGCUCGGCAUUUAGGCGAUUUAGCUUCUGGACGUGCUUUUGACAAUGGAUGCCUUUGUGGUGAACAGUGUUCGUGCGGUGCACCAAGAUUGGCCCCGCAAACACAAUUCCUGUCUGCGCUGACGAAUAUCGGCCGGCGUCUCGCCAGCGUGGCCGAUAAGGAGCGGCGGAACGGCCGGCUCCGCGCUGAACUGGCGACAUUGGAUCUGAACCUGCCGGCGCGGGUGUGGCUACCGCUGCACCAGCGGCCUCACUACGUGCUCAGGAUACCGCCACACGCGGCGGCCGUCCUCAACAGCAAGGACAAGGCACCAUACAUAAUGUACGUGGAGGUGCUAGAGACAGAUGGGCAUGAGCCGCUGCCCCCUCGUCUCUUACCGCCCGCACCGCCCGCUCCACACUCGCCGCCAAUACGGCACACGAAAAGCGAAGAGAACCUGGUGCCGGAAUGGCCAGUUUGGUCGUUAUACUCUGCUCUGGACGACGUAGACGCCGGCGACUGCUGGAGCCACGAUGAUGAGGAACUGAGCACGCAAUAUCCUCAUAGAGCACCUGCACCGGACAGUUUGUCGCAGGUAUCAGCUGUAUCGGCGCUGUCGACGUCGUCGUGCGGAUCUCGUGAGUCGGUUGCGGUCGGAGCUGGGGAGGUGAGAAGGAGGCUCGCGGACGCUACGGCAGCACCACCGCCUAACGCGUUCAAGCACGACCCAGCUGAUCCAUCGGCCACGGCGCUGAAGGAAUCGUGGGAGAGUAAAUUAGCUCGCAUGCGAUCCUCUUCACCUUAUGGUUCGCUUGCUGGCUGGCGUCUCCUCGGCUGCAUCGUAAAGGUGGGGGACGACCUUCGGCAAGAGAUGCUCGCGGCACAACUCCUCAGGAGGCUGCAGGCCGUGUGGGCACUGGAGCGGGUGCCGUUGAAGCUGCACCCGUACGAGAUACUUUGCUUAGAUAAGGAGUGUGGACUUAUACAGCCGGUGUUAAACUCAGUAUCGCUCCACCAAAUCAAGAAACAGUCAGGCAAGUCGCUCCGCGCUUGGUUGGAGCUGGAGCACGGUCCGCCCAAUAGCGAGGGUUUCCUUCGAGCUCAAAACAACUUCGUGGAGUCGGCGGCCGCGUACGCUCUCACCAGCUACCUACUGCAGUUGAAAGACAGGCACAAUGGGAAUAUUUUAUUGGACAGUGCAGGCCAUAUAAUACACAUUGACUUUGGAUUUAUAUUCUCAAUAUCGCCUAAGAAUCUUGGCUUCGAGAGUUCGCCAUUCAAGCUAACGCAAGAAUUUGUGGAGGUGAUGGACGGCGAACAGUCAGACAUGUUCCAAUACUUCAAGAUUUUAAUACUGCGCGGACUCAUAGCGGCGAGGAAACACUGCGACCAGAUCAUACAUAUCGUCGAACUGAUGCGAAUGGGCGGUCAGCUGUCGUGCCUGCGAAGCAGCAGCGCGGUGCCGUCGCUGCGCGCGCGGUUCCACCCGGGCCGCACCGAGCCGCAGCUGCAGGCGCUCGUCGACCGCCUCGUCCGGGACGCGCUGCACUCGCUCUCCACGCGCCUCUACGACAACUACCAGUACUACACCAACGGUAUACUAUGAAUCUACCGUACGCACACCAUUUAUUUGUCACUGAGCGUCUAAAAUGGUCAAGGAACUAAAAAAAAAAUCAACCGUCUGAUAAAUGACCAUUUUAGACCCCCAAGAAUGUUUUGAUGUCGAAGUUAAAUUAUAAAGUCGGCGGUUUAUCAUCAUUAGUUCUUUUAUGGAAAAUAUGGAAUCGAACAUUUGAACUGAGGAAAAAAUGGACAAUAUUUUUUUCUAAUAUUAAUUAUAUAUUUAAUUUGAUAAAAUGAAAAGGAAAUUUUAAUUCAAUAUUGAUUGUCGAGUAGAGUUUUUUCAAUAUAUUCUUUUAAAUGUUCUGAUGGUGUGACAAAUUCUAUCAAUCGACUUCUGUGGACACUUUGAUGACAGAUGAUGACAUGUUCCAAUCAUGUCUCUCUUAGCGUUCUUAUAAUUUGGGUUCGAUAUGGAAAACAUUCAUGAUGAAAUCACAAGUAGACACUAGUCAUCAUACCAAACAUUCUAUGUUUUUAAAAUUUAAAAUUAUAUUAUUUAAUUCAAAAUACUCUUGAUUUAAAAAAAAUCUCUAAAAAUAAUUUUUGACACUUAUAAAAUAAGUUGUCACAAUCAAUAUAGAAUAUUCAAAUGAGAUUAUAUAAUCGAUUUGUAAAUAAAAAUUGGCAUAUAUAAUAUAAACAAAAUUUUCUGCAAAUUCAAGACUACCAUCGACUUUUCAACAUGAAUACAAUGUGAGGUUUUGUUGAAAUUGUCUACAGUGGAUUUCAAUCAAUAUUUUGAACUAGGAUAUACAAUAUAGAAUUCAUUUUAUAUGCAUAUAUAAAUAAAAUUUAUUUGUGAAUCAAAAUUAUAUUUAUCUUCCAAUGCUUGUUAAAAUUUUGAUUCGAAUAACUCUUAGUAAAUAUAAUUAUUUAGCUAGGUUUUUACUCGAAACUGUUAUUCGAAUUGGUGUCAGAUUUUAAUGUCAUAAAUUCACAAUUAGCUCGAGAUCCGUGUCUCUUCAUAGCAGAUCUUCAUGAUGAACAAUUAUUUAAUUGCGUUUUGUUGAAAUCAUAUUGUGUAUUGUUUGUUUAAAAUGCGCGCAUUAUCGGUGUACUAUACAGGUCGUAGUUUCAGACAGUUUAAAUCCCUUCUUCGUGAAAACGUUUUAUAAACUUUAUUUUAGCUAUUGAUAUGUUUUGUCUUUUUCUCUUGUGUUAAAUUCUCAAUUUAAAAGUGACAAAACGUUAAAAUAGUUGAAAUAAGUUUGAAGUCUUUGGUUUUUAUGAAUGAAGGGGUUAAGAUUUAGUGCCAUAACUCCACUGUCACUAGCUAUUGUAAUCGUCAGGUUUAUUUUGUUGCUCAAUCAUAACAUUGUAAUACAUUCGACCCGUCCAUUGUAGUUACUCUAUAGAGCCCCGUAGCGCUUUGUAAAAAUCACUGAUAAUUUUCAUGUAUAAAAUUUUACUGUGCGCGUAGGAAUGUUAAAUUUUCGAAAAAAUGAAAAAAUGAAAUCUGUAAAUAGUAAAAUGAUUAUGAUAAUUUUCGCAAAGAGAAGACUGAUUGUUCAGGCGUGAAAAGUGGUUUAGGUUUAGAUUUCAUAACCGAAAGUAAAUUUAAGUUUUAUUAUGUAAAUUGAAUCGAGUUGGAAUAGACAUCGGAUUAGUAGUUCUCGUGACGUACAAAGAAUUUUAAAAAAUUUCUACUUGUGUCAUAAAAUUUUUCUACACAGUAUUUAAAUAUGCGUAUGUACGCAACAAAUAAAUAAUAAUAAUAAGGAAAAACAACACAUAUUUCCCAAAAUAACUUGUGAUCGUUAGCCAAAUUUUAAACAAAAAUAAAAUGUCAGAUCGAUUACUAUAGUCAGAUGUCUAUUACUUAGCAUUAGUAUAAAUGAAAUUGAGAGGAAAAUUAGUUUCCGACGUGUAACAAAAAUGCCAAAGCAUUGAAGACAAAUACGGCAUUACUUAGAUUAAUCAUCGCAAGUAAAUUGUUAAAAUAUCCAACGCUAGGUAAGCAAGGCCAGGGACACCAAGUAAACUAGGUGGAUCUUAUAUGUAAAAAAUCCACUAAGACAAAAUACAUUCACUUGUAGAAGUCCAUAUGAUAUAGGAUUGACGCAUGAUUGACAUUAUAAGCUAAUUUUGAUAACAUCAUUUUAGUUAUUAUUUAAAGAGAUUCAGUGUUCUAAUAUUCCAGUGAGUCAAUUCCAUACAAUUUGGACUUUGGAUCGAGAUAUCAUUAAUAGAAAUGUAAUUUGUUUAUGAGGGCGUUUUUAUAAUUUGUAAUAGCGUGGGCAGCUGUGUAUGAUGUAUUGUCAUGUUAGAUAGAAAACUAUCUGCGGCUGUAUGAAAGUUUUUUAAUUUUUCGAUAAAUUGGACAUAACGGUAUAAUGUCGUUGGAAAAUUAAGUGACUUCAUACAAUUAUAAAAUCACGUGACGUGUCGUGUUAAAGCAAAUAAUAAAAGCGUCCUAUAGAGACAGAAUAUAAUUCUUUUUUAAAUAAAUUUAUCAAUGUUGUAUGGUAUUGUUUGAUGUUGUGAAUUGAAGGCGGUACAGUUUGUUAGGUUGCGUUUGGAUAGAUUGUUUUAUCAUUAAAUAUAAUGGAACCAAUUCGUUCUGGAUAAAAUGUAUAAGAUCGUCUGUAAUGUAAUAUUAAAGUGAUCCGGUUUUGAUAGUCCUAUAUAUUCGCUUAGUGUUAAAUGCGAGUGAGACGAUUGUUGCCAAAUAGCGAUAACACUUUCUGUAGGACAGAAGCUUCUAUUUUUCGAUCUUUUCACCAAUAUUCCGAAACUUGCUCUUUUGCAAAUAAUUUGUAUAGGAAUAAGAAAUAGACAGACACUUAUAAAGCAUUCUGUUAUGUAAAAAGCUUAAUUUGAUAUGUUAUGUGAUUCUAUUGAGAACGGUAUAUCAUGAUAGCGUUUUUCUUUAUAAUGAGAGUAAUACGGUGUUGCCGACGUCAUCUGUAAUUCGUUGUUAUUUGAAGUUUUAGUAAUAAAAUUGCUUAAUUAAUUAUAAUAAAAUAACGUAUAGUACAUUGCAUCAGCCACAAAUAUAAAAUUAUAUUGUUUUAUAAAUACAAUGUUCUGGGUAUUUUAUUUAUGAUAAAUUAUGCACAUUUAUUUAGGGGUAUAAUUGAAUGGUGAAUUCUGAUUUGUAUUUGAAAGAUUGAGAUAAUUCAUCUUAUAUUUUUAAUUUGCAUAAAGUGUCGAAGUGUUUACACGUAAUAAAGACGUCGAGUAUACUUAUUAAGUAUAUAGAAUAAUUUCUCAUUAAUAUAACAAUAUAUUUCGUUUUGCUAGUGAAUAUUUAGAGAGUUUAGAAUUCGUGAGAAUAUGAAAUCGCUAGUUUGCUCAUAAGUUUCAACCUUAUCUGAUAUAUAUCAAGUGUGUGUAAAUUAUUGUGAGUUGUUAUUGCAUUAUGAUUAUUAUGUAGAUAGGACAUAAUACUGAAGUACCUAAGUACCUUUACAUAUUUUAUAUAUGGAAGUAAUUUAUAGUGGCAUUAUGUAUGUUUACUAGUUUAAUGGGUAUAUUACACGAAUACAUAUAAAGGAUCGUUUUAUAUUUACGAGUCCAAAUUGGUUAAUUAUUAGACAAGUGAUUUCACUGUUUUGUUUCUAAAUUACUGCAGACAUUUGGUCACCUUCCUGAGGAUGGUCCUCACACAAUACAAAUAUUUGUAUUUAUGUAUAUUGUUGAAGUUUAAUACUGACUGUUGACACUGAGGUUUUUUAGAACAAUGUAUUAUUUUCAAGUUUGUUCUGUGUCAGAUUUUUGUAAAACGUGUCUUGUAUCUUUUCACUAAACUUAUUAUUUUAUAUCUCAAAUACAUAUAUGUCUUAUUACUGCAUCCUGCUACUUACAACAUACGUACAGUGAACGUUCUAUAUUAGCACCCUCUCUAUAAGCAACAUACUUUAUAUUUUAUUUUUUCUACUCAGCUUAGUAAAAGAAAUAAGUAAAAAUAUUUUCCAGACGGUAAGUACUUUUAUAGUCCUUUUUUUCCUAUAACUACAAUACAACUUUUCCCAAUAAGAUUUUUUCUAUUAAACUUCCUUCAAAUGAGUUGCUUAUAUAGAGCGUUCACAGUAUUUGUUUAAAUUGAUAGGUAUAUUUACUAUGUAUUUACAAAAAGUAUUUAAAUAACAUCUGUUUAAUUCCCACAUUUUUUUUAUAUAUUAAAAGUGCAACAAGAGUUUGGUAAAUUGGUUUAGAUAUGAUCCUAUAUACUGCAUAGUGUAAUAUACCCCUAAACUAAGUAAAUCUGUAAAUAAAACUUAUUACAUAUUCGCUUAUGAUAAUGUUUCCGGAUAUAAUAUAUGUACUUAUAUUAUUAAAUCCGAUGUCCAAUAUUUUAAAAACAUUUUCCUCAGAAAAAAAUAUUUAUCAACAUGUACAGAUAAUUGUAAGUAGGUACUCUAAUGUUUAUCUUAAUUUUUUAAAUAUACAUAUAUCAGGAUUUU